AAGCUAUUAGAUUGGCUAUAGAUGAAUUAGAGCUAAUAGUUGGCUACGCUAUUAAACUUGCUCUGACUGCUGAAGUGCUGAGCACCACCCAACCCCCCCUACGUUGGUUACCUACGAAUGACGGUUUGGGGCAAACAGCACAUGCAUAUGUAGGCCCUUUGUAGUUUCUACGUAAAAACUUUUCAUUGCGUGUAAAUUACGAAACAAAUCUUUUAAGCUUAAUUGCUUCUUGAUUUAACAAUAUGGUGCUACAGUAAAUAUUUGCUAAUGAUAAAUUAAUUAGGUUUAAUAAAUUUGUCUCAUAGUUUAUAGAUAGAAUAUGUUUUGUUAUUACUUUACGUUUAAUACUUUAAAUGUAUGUACGUAUAUCAAUAUGAUACUUUUCAACCCCUCGAACUAAACAGUGCAAUAGUGCAGCACGAGUAAUAAAAGAGCUUUGGUCUUUUCCAACAAACGCCUCACACAUUUUUUUGUCACGGCUGUUUCGUGCGUUCGCCCUCACUGACAUCCAUCCCCCGAUCGACGACGACCCGGGGGAGACCUGACCUGACCUGACCCGACCCUGAACCUGAACCAUCGGGCGCUGACUCGUGGGCCCCACCUUCCGUUACUUGCCUUGCACCGGUGAGCGCCCGCGUACUUCCUUCACCGGCGGGGUUCACCCGACGUGUCCAUGACGGGUGGGCCCCACGAUCCCGACCCCCCCCCCCCCCUCCCUUUUCCCGUUCUGGUAUGUCGAAAAUGCCUUCCCCACCUAUGCGCGCUCCUCCUUCCCGUGCAUAUCGUAAAACAAACAAAAACCCAUCUCCAACGCGGAGCAGAGUAGAACACCGCCCCGAAAAACCCACAUCGCUCGCGUCCUCGCGCGGUCGCGCCCCCCGCCGCUUCGCCUGCCGCCGCCGAUGAGAUGCCCCGCCGGAAGGGGAAGGGGAAGGGGGUCGAGGACGAGGUCGAGGUGUACGAGCCGGCGUCCCCCCCGGAGCGCGUGCUCAUCAUCCUCGACAGCAGCGAGGACGAUCUCGACCUGCAGGAGGUGCGCCGCUCGCUGAUGAUCACGGGCCGGGGGCGCGCGCGGGCGGCGGAGCGCGUGGGGGAGGAGGCUCCGCGGGGUUCUGGGCGGCGCGCGGCGCCGGUGGUUGCUAGCCGGCGGAGACGGAGACGGUCGCGGUCGCGGUCGCGGAGCCCCCGCGCCGCCCGCCCGCGCGCGGAGUCCUCGCGGCGGCCUACGGCCCGCCGUGCCCGUGCCCGUGCACGUAGCCCCUCGCUAGAGAUCAUCGACGUCGACAGCGGGAGCGACAGGGGCGUGGUGCGCGUCAAGGAGGAGCCGCGUUCCGGAAGCGACUCGGACUACAAUGGUGCGAGAGGUCGUGCGCGUGCGCGGGCGCGGGCGCCGGUCGCCGCCACCGCCGCGAAGAAGAAGAAGAGGAAACGAGGAAAGGAAGCUCCAAGCAGAGCCCAGGAGAGCCGGGAGGUUGUCCGCGUCAAGGAGGAGCCGAAUUCCGACGGUAAUGGUGCGGGAGGUCGUGCGCGUGCGCGCUCGCCGGUCGCCGCCGCCGCGAAGCAGAGGAAGCGAGGAGGAAGAGAAGCCCCAAGCAGAGCCCAGGAGAGCCGUGUGCCCGUUCAAAUCAAGGAGGAGCCGUAUUCCGGGAGCGAUUCCGACGGCAAUGUGGCCGGUGGCCGUGCGGUCGUGCCGGCCGCCGACGCGAAGCAGGGGAAACGGGGAAAGAAAACCCCAAGCAGAGGCAAAGGGCGGCGGGUGGUUGUUCGCGAGACUUCCACACCCGCUGCUCCGUCCAAUGGUGCUCCCUCCGUCGGCAGGGGAAAAGGUAGAGGGCCUGGGAGAGGUCGCCAGAGAAGCAAGGGCGCUGUUCGUGGUCGCGCUACUCCGGUGAACCGGGUGAGCACGGGUGUUGGUUCGAGAACUCGGUCACGCUUGGCAGAGCAGGGGAGAGCUUUUGCACAAGAGGAAGAAGAACAAGUGGAGGAACGAGAGGAGGAGGAGGAAGAAGAAGAGCAGGGGAGAGCUUUUGCACAAGUGAAGGAAGAACAAGUGGAGGAACAAGAGGAGGACGAAGAAGAAGGUGAGGAGGAGAUGGAGAUGGAGGUGGAGGUGGAGGUUCGUUCAGAUGACAACGAUCAUGGCAAUGGUGGAAUCAGGGGAGAAGGUGGAGGUACGGACGAUGUUGCGGAGAUAGAGGAGGAGGAAUUGGGUACGGAUGAAGAUGAAACCAGUGAUGAUAGCGAUGAGAACUUCAGCGAUGAGGAAGGGGAUGAAGAGGAAUUGGAGGAGGAGGAGGAGGAGGAGGAGGAAGAAGAAGAUGAUGAUGAUGAUGACGAGGAGGAGGAGGAACCGGGUGAUGCACCUGAUCAACCGGGUGAGGCCGGUGAGGAAUCUCCUCCCCGAUCAAGAAUCAUGGCAAUGCCGCUGAUGGGAAAGAGGAUGUUUGAGGGAUUUAGUUUUCUACAACAGGUGGACACCUCGACUGGCAGGGAUAUCAGAGCUCGCACACGAUCAAAUUUCAAACGCAAGAAACUCCUGGACAAGAAACUGCUCAAGCGUGGGACGUUCGCGAAGCCUUAUUGUAUCGAUGUGUCUAGCUCGGGGUCGGAGGAGGAUGUGCCACAGCCGGAGCAGUCGGCGUACGGUGGGGAUUGUGCGGAUGACGAUGGCGGCAGCGAUGGCAAUGAGGAGCAUAGAGCUGUGAAGAGGAGGAAAUUGAACAGGAGGCAAAGUGCCCAUAGUGAUAGCGAGGAGGAUACAACAUUUGUAUGUGAUGUCAAGGAAGGAUCAGGUUCUAGGAGGGUACAAGAAGGAGCACCUCGUAGGCAGGUUAAGAAGGAGGGUUCCAACAAGAAAAAGGAUGGCUCCACUCCACAAUGCGUCAGAAACAAUGGACCAAAAGUUGGGAGACAAACAAAUGGGCUCAAUGGACAGGGUGGUGUAUCCUUCAAGAGAAAUGUAAAGAUUGCUCAGAGGAGGAAGCGCAGGCAAGCAACGGCAGACCAAGAAAAGUAUGGUCAUUUGCUCGACCCCAUGUUUAAUGAAAUAGAGAGCAACCAAUAUGAGCCUGUUCCUGAAGAGCAAAUUGACAGGAGAUUGCCCCUGGUAUUCGCAUUUGGGGAUGACGAUAAGCUGGAAGAGAAAUCCAAACAUGACAAGUUACAGGAUGAAGAUGAACUGUGGAAAGAAUUUGAUUUUGCUUUGGAAUCCAUAAAUGUUUGUUCUCACAACUGCGAGGAGGGUGAAAAGGAAGAUGAGCAAGAAAUCCCUGCGGACAAAGCAGCUUCAUGCAUCCAAGGGAAGCAUGAGCUCAUUAUUGAUGAGCAAAUAGGACUUCGAUGCAAGCACUGCAACUUUGUUGAUCUUGAAAUCAGAUUCGUACUUCCCUCCAUGGUAAAGUCCUGUACUGAAAGGGACAUGAGAAAAGAUCACGAGUUAGACUUGUUUUUUGAUGAUAUCCUAACAUCAGCGGGAUAUGAAGGACCACGUGAUUUUGGUGGUAAAAAGACUGGCCUGGUUUGGGAUCUAGUUCCUGGGGUCCGGGAGGACAUGUUCCCGCACCAGCAAGAAGGUUUUGAGUUCAUGUGGAGAAAACUAGCAGGGGGGACUUCAAUUGAACAGCUGAGGAACAAUGCAAACACUAUUGAAGGUGGCUGUGUGAUUUCUCAUGCACCAGGGACAGGGAAGACCAGACUAGCAAUCACAUUUGUUCAAUCCUACUUUGCGUUUUUUCCCGAGUGCUGUCCAGUGAUAAUUGCUCCCAGAGGGAUGCUUGCUACAUGGGAACAGGAGUUCAGAAAAUGGAAGGUGAAGGUCCCUUUUCAUGUAUUGAACUCCAAGGAGAUUAACUGGAAAGAAGACAGGACCAUCAAACAGCUGGCUAUCAUGGAUGAAAAUUUGGCCCAAAGUUUGGCUAGAAACAAAUUGGAUCACAAAUUUAGGCGAAAGUUGAAGUUGGCAUCAUGGCGUAAAGGGAGCAGUAUAAUUGGUGUGAGCUAUACGCUUUUCAGGAAACUAGCGAACCAGAGCAGCAUGGAUGGGAACAUGGUGAGGAAUCUGCUCCUUGAGAUGCCCGACUUGUUGGUCCUUGAUGAAGGGCACACACCAAGGAACAAGAAAAGUCUCAUAUGGAAGGUUCUUGAAGAAGUUCGCACCAAAAAGCGAAUAAUUCUAUCUGGUACUCCAUUUCAGAAUAGCUUUCUUGAGCUCUCUAAUGUCCUGUACCUGAUUAGACCAAAGUUUGCAAGACACUUCGCUUCUAAAAGUUUCAAGAAAAUAGGCCUUGAGGAUUACUGGACAUCCUUGACACUGAAUAACAUAACAGAGAAAAAGAUAGAUGAAAUCCGGCAAAUACUCGAUCCAAUUGUGCACAUCCAUAACGGUGACAUUCUUCAAAAGUCUCUUCCAGGAUUGAGAGAAUCAGUUGUGAUUCUGAAUCCUCUUCCUCAUCAAAAGGAAAUCAUCACAGCAAUGGAGAACACAGUGACAAUGGGGACUCUUGAUGCAGAAUACAAGAUCUCCCUUGCAUCUAUACACCCGUUCCUCGUCACAUGUGCAAAACUGUCGGAAAAAGAAACAUCUUCUGUGGAUGUCUCUUUGCUGAAGAGCUUACGGCCAAACCCGUGCGUAGGAGUCAAAACAAAAUUUGUUUUGGAAAUUGUCCGUUUGUGUGAAGCCAUGAAAGAGCGAGUACUUGUUUUCAGUCAAUAUCUUGAACCACUAUCUCUGAUCAUGGACCAACUUAGUAAAAUGUUCAAUUGGAUAGAAGGUGAGGAGAUCCUACUGAUGAGUGGAAAUGUCCUUGUUCAAAAUCGAGAAGCUUUGAUGGAGGCCUUCAAUGACAUGAAAAGCAAUGCCAAGGUAAUGCUUGCAUCAACGAAGGCAUGCUGUGAAGGCAUUACACUUAUCGGGGCAUCACGUGUGGUUCUCCUUGAUGUUGUAUGGAACCCUUCAGUUGGAAGGCAGGCGAUUGGCCGAGCUUAUAGAAUUGGUCAAGAGAAGAUUGUGUAUACAUACAAUCUAAUCACAGAAGGGACAAAGGAGAAGGACAAAUAUGAUAGGCAAGCUAAGAAGGAUCAUAUGUCCAAACUGCUAUUUUCAAAAGAACCCCAUGCUGCAGGAUUCAACUUGUCUCAAGAAGUGAUAUUCAAUGACAAGAUAUUGGAAGCAAUGACAUCACAUAGGGAGCUCAAAGACAUGUUUGUGAAGAUUCUCCAUUCUCACUAACAGUAAACUUACAGCUAAAUCUGUAGGCAUGCGGACUCAAGUUUCAUCCAUAUCUGAUUUUUUUGGCUUCUCAAGAAGAAAAUCACCUGAAUUUUUGGAGGAUGGCACCGUUAGAACUGUAGCGAUGGAAGCAUGAAGAUGUGCCUUAUUUUUUAUGUCCCUAUGUCCUGACCGAAGAUUCUCGGUUCAUACUUCAUACUAUGUACGAUCUUGUAACUGAGCCUUACGGUUUUUGUAGGGAGGUUGCAUAUCCUUGGGAAUGCAGCGCUGCUUCUUAUCUGUGGAGAGGAAAAUGUGUCUGCACCGCCAUACUGUGCUGCCUGGAAUUUUGCUCAGCUAUAGAUGCUCAAAGGACUGAAUAGAAAUUGUAGAAAAACCUGCAAGGCCUGAGAAUAGGGGAAUUUUUUUUAAUUGCUUAGAGUUCCAGGGCUUCCUUGAGUUCCUAGGCCAGAUGCACGAAUGGAUGACCCUGAAGCUCGUAUACUGAACCAUGAGAUGAUCUGUUCUUGAGCUGCACAAUGGCACAAUGGAUGGUUGACAUUUGGUUGUACUGCUUUUACAAAUACCCAGUUGGCGAUUGUUUUGUCUGCUUC